CAGGACAGGGCAAAGCAGGGCUGCUGAGCCAGGAGAAGUGAAGGUUCCGUUCCUAAUGCCAAACUCCGUUGCUGGGGUUUGGGGUCAGGCGUGGCAAAGAUGUGCAGGACAGCUGGGGCAGGGUGUAAGGAGGAAAACAGCAAAGGCGAGCCCGAGGCCGGGGCCCAGCGUCGUGUGGAAGCAGCUUUCCAUUGCCAAACGUGUGAAGACAUUGGUGUGGAGCAGAAGAUGUGGCAGGAGCUGGGCUCGUUCUACAUUCCUGAGAGGGAGGGGAUGUUCCACCGCGGCCCAGGGCUGAACCUGACCAGCGGGCAGUACACAGCCCCCAUUGCAGGAUACUACACCUUCAGCACCACGCUGCACAUCGCCCGCAGGGAGCCGCGCAGGAAGGGGCAGGGCUGGCGACAGAGCCGCCUGCGGGUGCUCAUCUGUGUGCAGUCCCGCUGCCAGCACAACAGGUACGGCAGGGCAAGGCCAGGGAUGCUGGGAGGGGGGAAGGAGCCCUGGGAAAGGAGGGACCUGCUCGCCCCACCACCACCCUCCCUCUUCUGCAGCCAUUUGGAGACUGUGUCUCGGCUGGAGAGCAGCAGUGACCUCUUCACCAUCUCUGUCACGGGCACCCUGUACCUGCAGGCUGGGCAGUAUGCCUCUGUCUUUGUGGACAACACGGCAGGCUCUCCCCUCACAGUUCGAAGUGGCUCCGAUUUCAGUGCUGUUCUGCUGGGAGUGUGAAGAGGUACCAGGCUGAACCUGUGCCAGGAGCAGCCAGACCCUGCUCUGCCAGCCACCAUCGUGUCUGCCCUGCUCAGCACCAAGCCUGAGGAAUUGCAUUUGCUCAUGCAGGAACUGCAGUCUGGCCUGAUAUUGCUUGUGCUGCACAAACAGCUGAAGAUGGACAAAAGAUCAUGAAGAAGAUGAUGAUAAUAAUAAAGCAGCCUGACCAGGAUCUAAAGGCAUUCACUUUUAUCUAAAGGCUAGGCCUAGAAGUUUAUGUUGGAAAACACUGCUGACAGAGGCAGCAGAUGGCUGCCUUCUCCCUCGGGCUCUGCUCCCAUCAUGCCUGGUACAAAGCCCCACAUGUUCAUUUUUGUUCCCUUCUCUGUCUAGACUUAGUCCCAGCAGCCCAAGCCAGAUUCUGUAUUGCUUUAGCUGCCCUGCAGCGUAUGAGCAGAGAAGGUUUGCUGGCAGGAGCCAACAUCCUUCGCACUGAAUAUCAAAGCAAAGCCCCAGUAAUGGGACACUUGAUCAAAGCCAAUUGCUGUGCCGUGGGUUGGCAGAGCAGGCACUCCCUGCCUGUGUGCAGCACAGAUACCCUCUGUGCUCAGGCUGAGAUAGCUGCUGAGUGAGGAGGCACAGGCCUACGUGACCAAGGCAGGGCUGCAGGAGAAGCACCAGGAAGGCAGGUUUGAUUUCCUAGUACCACUGAGUGCUGGGCAAGUGGUGCCAGCAGCACUGCAAGAUAGCCUGCGCUGUACCCAGCCCCACCUUCUCCCAGGGAUGGCCCUGGCCCUGCCUGCCCUUCGCCUCGGGCUGCAUCUCCUCGAGGAGCCUGGUGAAUGAGCUGUUCAUGCAGCAAUUUAUGAGUAGGGGUGUUUGUCUGGGGAGGAGGGGGACAGUCUCAAUGCUGACUUCUCCCAAAGCAAAGAGAACUCAUCUCAGAUAGCAACGUUGUGCUUCACCCCCAGCUGACCAGGUGGGCAGCAAAUUCCUGGCACAGCUCCUGCCCAACCACGGAGCUUGGCCAUGGCAGCACCUCCCAGUCCCCACACACCACGAGCCAAGGCAGCCUGGCUCUGAUCAGCUGCCUCUCUUCCUACCACACACACCUGAGAAGGCAGAGAAAGACUCAAGUGGCUCCGAUUUCAGUGCUGUUCUGCUGGGAGUGUGAAGAGGUACCAGGAGCAGGACUUGCCCAGCUGUGAGUUGUCCUGUGCAGGUGAGAUACCAAGAGCACAGUGCACUCGACCACAAAACUAAAAAAGCUGAUUAAGUCAGAGAGAGAACUGCAUGCAGAGCACUUGUGCAUGGGCCACCCUAAAGUGGUCCUGGUCCUUGCACUGAGGCAAGGAGAGUGCUUUUUCAGGAAACUUCCUGCAGACCCUGUCUUACCACGAAAUUAAAGCAUAUAGGUUUGGUUUUUUUUUUUUUACUUCCACUAAAGCUGGGGCUGAGCCUGCUUUUCUACUGGCUAUCUACUCCCAAGCAUGGUGAGACCUGCUCCUUCCUUUUCCCCUCUACCAUGAAAAAUGGACAUUUUAUGGUAAUUCAUUGUACCAUAACACUGCAUAUUCUGAUCCUAGCUGGAACUGUGCUUUCAGAACUUUUCCUAAAAGGAAGAAAGCAGUGUUGUAAGAUUUGGGAGGGGGAGGGAAAACAGUCAGAGAAGGACAAGCUAACACUCCUCUAACCAGCUCUUGCACUGGAAUUCAGAGCUGCCCCUGAGCUGGGAGCAUGGCUCAGCUCU